AUGGUCAAUAAGGCUAGAAAACUUAAAAAGGAUUACGGUAUUUUGGCAGAACCAGAAAAGCUGAAAGGAAAAUCAAUUUCCAAUAAGGUAUCUGAAAAAGUAAGGCAAUUCUAUGAAGAUGAUGAAUUUUCCAGAAUGUGUCCUGGAAAGAAAGAAUUUGUGUCAGUCAGAGAUUCGAAAACUGGUAAAAGAAUUCACAUGCAAAAGCUACUGCUUUUUGUAAAUUUAAAGGAACUGAAUUUGACUUUUCAAGAAAGAUAUCCGCAGCUAAAAAUCGGUUUGUCAAAAUUCUCUUCUUUACGACCACCUUGGUGCGUUACAGUCACUGCCUGUGGAGUUCAUUCAGUAUGUGUUUGCGAGACUCACCAAAACUUGAAGCUACUGACAGCAGCAUUAUCCAAGAAAAUUGAAUGCAAAAAUAUCCUCUCCACUAUAGUAUGUUCUGUGGACUCAAGAAAUUGUAUGCUUUACAGAUGUGAGAAUUGCCCAGGGUCUGAAGCUUUGGAGCAGCUUAUGCUGGAUAUAUUUAGUGAAAAUGAUUUGGAAACUGAUGACAAUAUUGCCUAUAAGCAGUGGGUCCACAAAGGACAAUCAAAACUAGUGAAUAUGACAUCAACUAUUGAAGAUUUUGUGAAAGACUUGUCUAAGGCAGCAGAUCAAGCAACAACACAUCAUUUUACUGCAAAAUCCCAAGCAUCCUACUUAAGAAAUCUUAAAGAAAAUAUUCCAGCUGAAACUGAAGUAAUCGUUUUACUAGACCUUGCAGAAAAUCAUUCUUUUGUUUGCCAAGAUGCCAUUCAAGGUUUCCAUUGGGAUACGACACAAGCCGCACUUCACCCAUUCGUAAUUUACUUCAGGAGUAAAAAACAGACAGAUUUAAAAUGCUUUAUGACGGUUCAAGUGCACAAUAUAAAAACUUUAUUAAUUUAUGCUUACAUAAAAAAGAUUUUAACGUCCGUGCUGAAUGGAACUUCUUUGCCACUUCACAUGGAAAAAGUCCAUGUGAUGGAAUUGGCGGCACGGUUAUGGGCCCAGUCAAAAGUGAAAAUUAACGAUUUGUCAGUUAACAGCAAAACUGGAAUUCCAACGUUCAACGGCUUGAAUUUUAACAACGGGCGGUUUCGUGAUAAAAUUUCCCUGGAUGAAAAGGGCUUGGGAAAAUUCAUCGAACAAAAAUUGGAUGUUUUGCUAUUGGCUGCUGUUACAGCUGAGGAAAAAGCAAAAAUCUAG